UGAGAGGUGAAAAAGGCGGCGUUCUCCCCGUCUGCUCACAGACGUUAAGAUCACAAGAGGGAAUCAAAUCAUCGUACAGGACCUAAACAACUUUCAGCAACUUGCCCUAACCACUUGUUACUGCAGCCUUAACCGUUGUAUUUGCUGUUUAGUGCAAGGGUGUUAAAGCGUUUAAUGAACAGUCAUACUAAAAAUCAUGGCAAGAAGAGGGGGACUGGGGCUGUUUUUGCUGAGUGCAGAGAUUCUGAACUUGGGGAUCACAGAGAUUCCUACAGUUACACUUGCUGCAUUAGUUGGCCAGGUUGUCAUCUUCUUGGAUUUCUUCCCUAGAUAUUUUCCAUCAGCAGCUUCUGUGUGUGUGAGUUCUUACAUGGUCUGGAACAAUGGUAUGUGGAAACGCCUCGUUUUAGCCCCUUUAUAUCAUGGCAAUGAUAUGCACCUAUACUUCAACAUGAUCUCAUUUCUGAUGAAAGGAAGAACCCUUGAAAGGAAAUUUGGAAGUAUAUACUUUUUGUGGAUGCUUUCAGUGUUCACAGUCUUGUCCAGCUUGCUUUACGUGGUCCUUGGUGUACUGUUAGCAGAAUUGCUAGAUGAUAUUCACUACCUUACACAAUGUGCAAUUGGCUUCUCAGGUGUUGUGUUUGCACUGAAAGUGGUGACAACACACUAUGCUCGAGAGACUCAAUAUCACCUCUUUGGCUUCAUCCGAGUCCCUGCACGCAUGAUCUACUGGGUAGAACUUUUGCUAAUUCAGAUCUUGGUGCCAAAUGUCUCCUUUAUAGGUCACCUGGCUGGAAUCAUUGUUGGGCUGCUGUAUAUCAAAGGACCUCUUGGGCCCAUAAUGAAUUCCAUCAUCUCACCCUAUUAUGGACAGGCACACAGACGAAGUCGAUGGGCUAGAACAACUGGGCCAUAUAGUGACCCUUACGUAGGCCGGAAAUACAACAGGAAUUAUAAUGCCAACACACCUUACAAUGCUCAGUACAACCGUGGUUAUACAGGCGGAACUCAGUCAUCAGCACCAUUUGCAGGAGAAAGCCAGUACAUGUACCAGGACUUGACUGGAGGAUUAUCAGAGGAGGAGCAGUUAGAUCGUGCUGUUUUUGAGAGCAUGCAACAGCCUCAAAGCUUCAGAGGUAGAGAUUCACCUAGUUAGCGUAUGGUCCCAGCUCUCCAUAGCCCUGACAACAUAGAUGUCUUCAUGCAUGUCUGAUCUGUAUGUUGUGACCACUUUCUGUCAUCAUCGUCAUUCAUCCCUUGGAACUGGUCAUGGUGGGGGAAGCACAUGGAUUGAUGCAGCAGAUGACAAGACCUGCCACUCAUGCCUGUCUUGGGUGAAGUGAGCAGGUCCUGCACAAAGUCAGUCCACACUUUCAUUUUUGUAAACCAGUUCUUCCUCUGGCCACCAUGGUGUUGACUGCUGUCCAAAGUACCUUAAAAGAGUCUUCAGCAGAGUGUUGGCCUGACAGUUUAAAUGCUUAUGAAAUGGAAUAGAUUCUUCUUUCUGUGAAUAGUGAUGUUUGGAGGCAUGUUUCUCAAAAACAUUCAAAUAUUUGGAAAUACUUGUAUUCUCUUGCUGAGUUUGUCUAAUCAUUAAAAAUAAAAUGCACCCAUUAGUCAUUUGAACUGUCUGUGCCUUUCUCACAACAGCUGCACAGUUAAAUCUUGGAGGCAACACAGCUCAAAGAGGACAUGAAUAAGAAUAAGAAUUUGUUUAUUGGCCAAGUGACACUGCACUUGGAAUAUGACUUGAUGGAUGAGAUAGAGCAAAAGAAAGAAUAAUCAGGCAUAUCCUAUACAUAUGCACAUACAUAGUACCAUUCUACCUCUCUUGCUGUCUGUUCCACAUUUCCUUUCUAUCACAGACACAAGACACUGUCCACAGUGUCUAGACAUGAUCCACACAUUGCAGAGUCAACUAAAACAUGUGAGCAGGCACAAAUGGAUGCUUGGUCACCCACAGGCAUUGUACAUGACCCUCAAAGACUGCAAAAGGACACAUUCAGCUAGUAUUGAUCCCAACACGAGCUAUCCCUUCAGCAAAGAAACUAGAUCUCAACCAGGAACUUCUGACCUCAGAAGGCAUGAGGCAGAACAGGAUAUUGGCCAAGUGGAAAGCAUCAUCUUGUGUGCUCUGCACAGACUGGACUGAAUGUAGAUUGUGCCCACAGGGGGUAGGUCACAGCAGGCACCAUCCAAGUAAAACUUUUUAUUUGCUCAACCAAUCAUGGGAAAACUUACAUUUACUAUGAAGUGGUUAUGUCAGAGACGUUUAAGCUGUUUUUAUACGAGACCUUACAUCUUUCAUUUCUGCUCAACAGAACUGCAUCCAGACCUUGAUGAGCUCAGAGCAAGGCGAUGUUCUCGGUUCCGUAGAUGCAUUUAGAGAGUGCUUGUAAGGCCUGUAUUUAUGUUGCAGAGUGGAUAUUAAAGUAUGUUUGUGAGAGAUAUAUAUAUAGUGUAUGAGCACGUGUGGAAGUCCCUCUGUGUGCUUGUUUCCAGCACUGUGAUAGUUUCGGCUGUCUCAAUCUUUGCAUUAAGUCUCACACACAUACAGUCCCAGCAGAAUAGUUUGGCAUUCAUCUUGGAAGUGUACUCCAAACUUUGAGCUCUGCCUAUCCAUGCGCGCGUGCACAUGCACACAGAGUAGUAUUUUUUUCUGCAUCUCAUUCUUGUCAUUCUCAAAAUAUCUGACAUGGAGAUAGCAGCACCUGCAAUUGCUAUAUGGUGAAUCUAUUUUACCAGUUUUUUCCCUUUAAAAUGCUCGUCUGUUUAAUACCCGAGGUAUAGUACAUUCAUUUGGAGUUACACCAAUUCUAAAAGGGGGCCAAAAUUGUACAUUUUUGAGACCCAUUUUUCAGAGGCCUUUUCGGACACUACCUGCUUCCAAGAAAUGGCAGCUGUGAUGUUGCAUCGAUGUUUCCUUAGUAUUUAGGGUUAGUACUACAGCUGCAUCUGGUGGUAUAAAUACAAACCCUUUAUUGUCAAAUGUUAUAUGUUAAAAAGUACAGGCAUAUGGCCUAGUGUUUUUUUUGUCACUAAAUAUCAUCCUUGUGGUUGAUGUACUUUUUCUGGCAAUGCAGAUGUGUCAUACUUAAGCAAAGUGGGUUUGAAUCUUCAAAUACAUGUGCAUUCCAGGUUUUCUAUUAUAAUUUCAAAAGAAUGUGGUUGUAUCACGGGUCUCAAUUUCUGAAGAGAAAUGAAGCAAGACCACUUGCACUUUUGCAAGUGCUUGGGGCUUUUCUCUUGUUUGUUGAACUAGGUUUCUUUCUUGUUCUGCAAUGCACACAGAAUAUUUCAAUUUAUACCAGGAAAUAAAACUUGCAUCUACA